AUGGAUACUUAUUUCGGGCGUGGGACUGAAGAAGUUGAUGCUGUAUUUGUAAACGCCAUUUUGUCAGCAAUUCAACAACGGAAUUUGGAGAGAAUUUGGGCAAAGCCUGUAUUAGACCGUGUAGGCCUUAUAAUCGAAAUAUUUAAUGCUCAUGCGCAUACGAAAGAAGCAAAGCUUCAGGCUGAGUUAGCAGCUCUGAUGUACAAAAAGAGCAGGCUGGUUCGAGUGCGUGGUACUGAUGGACGUCAGACUUUUGGUCAGUUUGGAGAAGCUGAAGUUGUUAGUGCCCGAGGGAGAGCAGCUAGUAAAGGAGUUGGUUUCGUAGGUGGUGCAGGAGAAACUGAGCUUCAGCUUCAACGCCGAAGAAUAUCAGACCGGAGGCUUCGCUUGUUAACCCAAAUUAAAGAAGCCAGACGAACGCGGCUGUUGCAGCGUGCUGGACGUAAGAGACAAGGUGGUUUAGCGGGUAAAAGUUUAGCAACCAUUGCUGUCGUUGGUUACACAAAUGCUGGAAAAUCGACUUUGACAAGUGCUUUAACAAGGACUGCUCUCUACUGCAAUGAGCGAUUGUUUGCUACUUUAGAUCCUACACUCAAAAGUGCCAUCCUUCCUUCUGGAAGGAAAGUGCUUCUUAGUGACACUGUUGGAUUCAUAUCAGAUCUGCCUAUUCAGUUGGUGGAAGCAUUUCAAUCGACUCUGGAAGAAGUUGUAGAAGCUGAUCUACUUCUGCAUGUUGUUGAUUCAUCGGCUCCAAAUAUCGAGGAGCAUCGUUCAACAGUGUUUCAUGUCCUUAAUCAAAUUGGAGUACCAGAAGAGAAGCUUAAAAAUAUGAUUGAAGUUUGGAAUAAAAUUGAUUAUGAAGAAGAAGAGGAAGUGGAAGACAUGCAUUAUCUAGAUGAUGGCAAAGGAGAAGAAGAAGCAGAGUUAAGCGACGGUUCGAUAGCUGAAGAAACUUUUGAAGCAGCAGUUGAUGAAGACAAAAUCGAUAACCAAGAAGGUGAUUCUGAUGGGUGGCUAUUGUCUGAAGAUGAAAAUGUCAGUGACUCUGAGCUUUUUAAGGCUCCGGAAGAUGAUAUAGUAGCUGCUGCAGAGAAGAAUGGACCAGAUGUCAGAGUUUCUGCACUGACCGGAGUUGGUCUGAAGGAAUUGAUGUAUCUUAUUGAUGAAAAAUUGAAAGGUGAGGAUGAGAAGCUCAAGUCUCAGACAAUAGUCGAAAGGAGCGAGAUUCAGAGCCGUAAAUGGAGACCACCUCGUAAAGAUGAUGAAGAGUUAGCCGUUGAGCAAUAG